GGCGCAACACUAACGCAAAGUCGAUUUUCUGAGGGGCUGUCGUAAAUUGUAAAAUAUAUCGAAAAUUCUGUUAAAAUAUGCUAUCACGGGUAGCUUUGCGUUCAGUUGCGGCACGACAGUUGGCCUCCACAGCACUGGUGGCUCGUGGCUCUGCCACAGACACGUCACUACGUGAUGAAAAGAACUUCCCUAGACCAGUGCGUGGAGAACCUGGCAAAGUCCGACUUGGUUUUAUUCCUGAAGAAUGGUUCCAACUAUUCCACCCCAAAACUGGAGUGACUGGCCCAUACACAUUUGGGGUGGGUCUGGCCACAUACCUGUUCAGCAAGGAGAUAUACAUAAUGGAGCACGAGUACUACGCCGGCCUCUCGAUUCUCGUCAUGGUGUAUUUUGCCACUACGAAGUUUGGGCCCGGCAUUUCCAAAUGGUUGGAUAAGGAAGUUGAUCAAGUCGAGAAGGACUGGAAUGAGGGCCGUGAGAAUACCAUCAAAAGCCUGGAGGAGGCAAUCAAGGAAGAGAAAACAUCCCAGUGGCGCGCUGAGGGCCAAGAAUUGCUGAUCCAAGCUAAAAAGGAGAAUGUUCUCUUUCAACUUGAGGCUGCUUACAGAGAACGUCUCAUGAAUGUUUACACAGAGGUUAAGCGGCGCCUGGAUUAUCAGCUCGAGAAGGCGACAGUCGAACGUCGCCUCGCUCAGAAGCACAUGGUGGAUUGGAUCGUGAACAAUGUGAAGAAGUCCAUCACGCCAAAGCAGGAGAAGAAGACCCUAGACCGCUGCAUCGCGGACUUGGCUGCGCUCGCCGCCAGGAAGUGAACAUAGACGCAAUAGUAGUUAUUUAUGAUAUCAUGUGGUUAUGUAAUAAAGUGAACAAGUG